CAUUGUUUCUGUUGAUGUGUCGUGAUUGUCCGACCUAAAAUAUCAAUAUUUUGGAAAUUAUGAAAUAAAAAUACUAAUUACUGAGAUAUAUUUCGUACUUAGUUACUAUUUAACUUAAUCUACAUUUAUAUGAUACAAUAUGGACGACAGGAACAUGGAAUCGAGCAGCUCAAUUUUACCUGAUGAUUCAAGCGACCAUUCUAAGAGCAUUAUACAUAUAGACGUUGAUUGUUUUUACGCUCAAGUAGAGAUGGUGCGGAAACCAGAACUUCAAUCCCUUCCACUUGGAAUUCAACAGAAAAAUAUCGUCGUUACCAGUAAUUACGAAGCUAGAAAGUACGGUAUACGGAAAUGCAUGCUCGUGUCAGACGCAUUGAAAGUAUGCCCAAAUUUAAAAUUAGUUAACGGCGAAGACUUACAAAACUACAGAGCAGCCUCAAACAAAAUAUUUUCACUUCUUCAAAGUUGGAAGUGUCCAGUCGAAAAGUUAGGGAUGGAUGAAAACUUUAUUGAUGUCACAAACUUAGUACAAGAAAAACAAAAAACCAUAAAUGUAACUGCCAUCACAGUUUCCGGUAAGGUGUAUAGUGAACCGAGCCUGGAGUGUAUUUGUGGUUGUCACGCCAGGUUAAAAAUAGCAUCACAAAUAGCUAAUGAAAUGAGGAACAAAAUUUAUGAUGAGUUAGGCUUCACAACGUGUGCUGGUAUAGCUCACAAUAAACUCUUGGCUAAACUAAUCUGUCCAUUCAACAAACCCAACGACCAAACUACUAUUUUCCCUGAACAUGGGGCCAGUUUUAUGUCUACAUUGCAAAGUGUUCGUUCUAUACCCAGUAUUGGAUCAAAAACUACUGAAACUCUUAUUUCUCAUAAAAUUAUAACCGUAAGUGAUUUACAAACAGUCCCCUUGGAUAUACUGAAAAAACAUUUCAGUGGAGACAUGGCUGUAAGACUGAAAGAUUUAAGUGUAGGGGAAGACAAUACUCCAGUUAAGCAAACAGGAAAGCCACAGAGUAUAGGCUUAGAGGAUAGCUUUAAGACUGUCAGUGUGAAGAGUGAGGUUGAAGAAAAAUUUGCUGCUUUGUUGCAAAGAUUGCUAAUAUUGGUUAGAGAAGAUGGGCGAAUACCUGUUUCACUCAGAGUCACUUUGAGGAAGAAAGAUGUGAAAAGGUUGAGCAGUCAUAGAGAGUCUAGACAGUGCCAGGUGUCUCCUUCCAUUUUCACUAUCACAAAUGGAACACUCACUGUCUCAGAGGUGGGCAAACAGAAAUUAAUGACCAUAAUAAUGAGAUUAUUUAACAAACUCAUUAACUUAUCAAAACCAUUCCAUUUAACUUUAGUGGGACUAGCUUUUACAAAGUUUCAGGAGCGCAUGACCGGGAGAAGUUCAAUUGUAAACUAUUUAAUGAAUGAUAUAUCUGUGCAGUCUGUUCUGAACAUUCAGAAUGAUUGUGAUACAUCAGCUUCAUCAAUGGAUUACUCUGCAGCAUCACCGAGCAGUAGUACAACUACUGACCUAUCUGAUGGUGAAGUGGAGCCAUCACCUAAGAAGCCUAAAAAAGUAAACUGGAUAGCAAAGAGGAGAUGUUUGUCCAAGGAAGAAGUUGCAUCACCCAGUAAAUUGAAAGUAGGCGAACUCAGACUGAACUCAAAAGAAUUGGAAAAGGUUUCAGAACUAAGAUUAAAUUCAAGGGAUAGAUCUCUCACACCUCGAGCGAGUCCAGCUAAAGAUAAUCUCUCAGAUACCUCAGAUACUAUGAAAGACAUUGCAGAGGGAGGUAAUUUUGACGAUUGUCCCAGUUAUGUUGAUAAGGAGGUUUUUAAUGCUCUGCCUGAUGAGAUGCAACAAGAGCUCAAGGCUAUGUGGAAGAAUCCCUCCAGCUCAGAGGUGGUGCCCAGAAGUAGUCCCAGAACCAUGAACAAAGCAAAACCCAACUCAAUCUUGAAAUAUUUUGUUCCACACAAAUAGUAUUAGUAAGAAUUUAUCUUGUUAAUUAAUUAUGUUAGUAAUAAGUGAAUGGUUUCUAUUUUUUCAAAUCAUACAAUUUUUAUUCAGCUGAUCAAAUACAUGUUUAUGUUAUAAA